AUGCCUUCCGAUAAGUUAAGACAUCUCGAAGUGGACGCCAAUCAGGCCUUCGAUCAGUACCGGGAGAUGUACUUCGAGGGCGGCGUGUCUUCAGUGUAUUUAUGGGAUUUGGAUCACGGAUUCGCUGGAGUCAUACUCAUCAAGAAGGCCGGCGACGGAUCCAAGAAGAUUAAGGGCUGUUGGGACUCCAUUCAUGUCGUCGAAGUGCAGGUACUGUUGCCAUCGAUGACUGCAUUUGUCACACGAGAUAACUGUUGUCCACCUCUGAAGGAGAAGUCCAGCGGACGCAACGCUCACUACAAACUCACGUCAACUGUGAUGUUGUGGUUACAGACCAACAAAGACGGCUCCGGGACCAUGAAUUUGGGCGGAAGUCUUACGCGACAGAUAGAGGCCGACAAUACUGUCAAUGAGACGAACCCACACAUCGCUAACAUCGGAAGAAUGGUUGAGGAUAUGGAGAAUAAGAUCCGCAACACAUUGAAUGAGAUUUACUUCGGCAAAACAAACAGUAUAUUAAACGGUUUGCGUUCAGUUCACAGUUUGGCUGACCAGAAGUCAAAGGACGCUCUCCGGACAGACUUAGCACAAGCCCUGCAAAAGAUCAAGAAAACUGAUUUGAAUAACUGAUGACCACUUUGUACAGCAAAACAGACUUUCAAUCGUUUACUUAUCUAUUGAUAUAGUUUUAUAAUUUCAAACAAUACACUGAUUUCUAACUUCUUGUUCUAAUUAUGAUUUUAUUAUUUAAUUCCUUCAUUGACUACAUUAUGGCUUUUAUUAUAACAUUAAGUCAUUUUAGGUGUUGUCUCUUUUCAGGAC